CCAUUCAGUUUUACGCAGCGGACGACACACUUGGCUACGUCCCCUCCAGAAGGCUUUAAUGCUACGUUCCAGCAGAGGUACUGGCUCGACUUGGCUAGAUAUUCCAAAGGUCAACCCGUCCUUCUCGUUGAUGCUGCGGAUAAGCCAGGAGAGGAGACUGUUCGCUUGAUUGAACAAGGCAUUGUCAGUCACAUCGCUGAUGAAGUAGAAGCUGCCAUCGUGGUCCUCGAGCAGCGCUACUACGGCCGCUCUUUCGUCACCAACAAUUUGUCCACCGCCAGUCUACAAUUUUUGAACACGGAUGAAGCUAUUGCCGAUAUGGCAUAUUUUUCCGAACAUUUCCCGUACAAACAACACUGGGAAUUGGAUACCUCUGUCCUACCCGCUAACGCGCCAUGGAUAUCCUACGGCCACUGGAUCGCCGGUACGAAGGCUGCCUUGCUACGGAAAAUGUAUCCGAAUCAGCUUUGGGGUGCCAUUGCGUCCUCCGCACCUUUGCUGGCUAUCCAGAACGUGUGGCAGUACCUUGAAGCUAUUCGGCUUCAAGCAGACCCUCUCUGCAUGCAGGUAGUCACCACAGUUGUGGCUGACGUGGACGAUGAGAUUGAUCGAGCCGGCCUAAAUGAUGACGGGGAGAUAAUCAUCACCGAGCCGCUAGCACGCUAUCGCGAGAUGUUCAAUCUGAGUACCGAGAAGACAGUACGCGAUUUCAUGAAUCAGGUCGCGACUCCCCUAGGCCUAUGGCAGAGGCGGUCGUGGGAUGAGCGACAGGAGGACAACCGGGCGUGGGAGUAUUUUUGCGCAAAUCUGACGCGAGGAAUCACCUUAGAAGAGGAGAUCGACGACCAAAUAAGCGCAGUUGAACAGCAAAACAAGGCCGUUUUCCACAGCCGAGCCAUGGACAACUAUGCCUACUACAUUCGUCACUACUUGGCUGUCGGUCAUCAGCGGCCGGACAUGUCGCAACUCUCCCAGCCCCAAGACGACGAGGUAUUUCCACUUGGAGAGAUCCGUCGCAAUAGGACCGAGUCUCAGAAGACGGAACUGGGCCAGGUCUGGCGCUUAUGGUAUUGGCAAGCCUGCACUGAGUGGGGUUAUUUCUCUGCAGCUGAGCCAUAUCCAUUACCGGCUACUCUUUCACGUUCUCUCAGCGAAUUCUAUUUGACAGAGGUCUGUCGUUUUGCUUUUGACUUUCCUGACGACUACCUCGUUACUGUUGAUCGUAUCAAUAAACAUGGCGGCGUAACUCUCCACGCUCCUCGUUUACUAUUCGUCAAUGGUGAAGAUGACCCGUGGCUGUAUGUCACUGCGCACUCUCCCUUGGCGGGCGAUAUGCGCACGAAACUCGGCGAUGGGUAUCUUUUGCGACAAGGAGGCUUUGCGAACGAUCGAACAGCUCUUUCUAGGCUUGCUGAUGAGCCUGUUGAGAUCCGAUUAGUUCAUGAAGAGGAGAUCAAGGCAGUCAAAGAAUGGGUUGCCGAAUGGAAAUUGCAG